UUUACACCAAGGCACCUAAAAGCAGAAAUUCCCUUUUUGACAUCGGUUAAUCUUUUUCUUUUCAUGCUUUAUGUGGAUGGCUGUUGAUAGGCUGUAAAGUCUCAAAGUUUCAGGCUUUUCAGUUCAGUGUCCUUGUUCCUCAAACAAAGAGAGAGAAAGAAUCCUUUAACUCUAUGAUUCCAUAUCUGUGAAGUGAACAAUUGACAACAUGGCUUCCACAUUGUUUAGAACUAUUCAAAUCCACCCAUUUUUGCUCUACCCAACUGCAUUAUUUAGCAGAAGGAAUGGUGUUCUUUACUGCACAAUGAAGAGUAGUCAAACUCAAACAGCUACACAAGAAAAGCAGCAGCCUCCCAAAGUCAAAGUUCCACAACAUGCCCUGAAAAAAACAGUUGAUAAGAUCACAAGAGACUAUGAGGCAAUCAUUGGAAUAGAGACACAUGUCCAGCUUUCAACUCUCACCAAGGCCUUUUGUAGCUGUCCUUACAAUUAUGGAUCCCAACCAAAUACCAGUAUCUGUCCCAUUUGCAUGGGAUUGCCUGGUGCCUUGCCAGUUUUAAACUCGAAAGUGAUUAAAUUCGCUGUUAAAUUGGGUCUUGCACUUAAUUGUAAGCUAUCUCUAAACUCGAAGUUUGAUAGGAAGCAGUACUUCUAUCCAGACCUUCCAAAGGGUUACCAAAUAUCUCAGUUUGAUAUCCCAAUUGCAACUGGUGGUUACGUUGAUUUGGAUCUCCCUCUUGAGUUCGGUGGUGGCCAUAGGAAGUUUGGUAUUACCAGGGUUCACAUGGAGGAAGAUGCAGGGAAGCUGCUUCAUUCUGGAAAUGGGGAUUAUUCACAGGUUGAUCUAAAUAGAGCAGGGGUACCUUUGCUUGAGAUUGUUUCUGAACCUGAUAUGAGAACUGGGAUUGAAGCUGCUGAAUAUGCUGCAGAGUUACAGAGGGUGGUUCGAUACUUGGGAAUUAGUAAUGGAAAUAUGCAAGAAGGCUCACUUCGCUGUGAUGUAAAUGUAUCAAUUCGACCAGUUGGACAGUCAGAAUUCGGAACAAAGGUUGAAAUAAAAAAUUUGAACUCAUUUUCAUCAAUUAAUAGGGCAAUUGAUUUUGAGAUAUCAAGGCAGGCACUACUCCAUAGUCAAGGCCAAAGUGAUCAAAUUGUACAGGAAACUCGUCUAUGGGAAGAAGGUGCUCAGAAAACAGUUACAAUGAGGAAAAAGGAAGGACUUUCUGAUUAUCGAUAUUUCCCUGAACCAGACCUCCCUGAAGUUAUCCUCACUCAGGAAUAUGUUGAUAGCAUUAGCAACUCUUUGCCGGAACUUCCAGAAGCGAAGCGUCGUAGGUAUGAAAAGAUGGGGCUGAGCAUGCAGGAUGUUCUUUUCCUGGCAAAUGACAUGAAUGUUGCAGAAUACUUUGAUGCAACUCUUUCAAGUGGUGCUGACAUAAAGCUGGCUGCCAACUGGAUCAUGGGUGAUAUUGCUGCCUAUAUGAAGAACGAAAAGCUGUCCAUUAAUGAUAUCAAACUUACACCACAAGAGCUAGCCGAGCUGAUAGCUUCCAUUAAAAGUGGGACAAUCAGUGGAAAGAUUGGAAAAGAGAUACUAUCUGAGCUGCUAGCCAAAGGUGGAACUGUGAAGGGACUCAUAGAAGAGAAGGAUCUUAUUCAGAUAGCUGAUCCUGUUGAGAUCGGGAAAAUGAUAGAUAAAGUGAUUUCUGAGAAUCCAAAACAGCUAGAACAAUAUCGCGGCGGGAAAACUAAGCUGCAGGGCUUUUUUGCCGGCCAAGUAAUGAAACUAUCAAAAGGCAAAGCAAACCCUGGCCUGUUGAACAAAAUCCUUUUGGAGAAAUUAAAUGGCCAAAGCUGAUUGUAUCUUAGUAGAGGGGACAAAAUGCAAUCCGACCCUAGUACAAAGGCUUCAAUGGCACUUUUACCGAAUACAGAUGCAUAUUCUGAACCGUAUUACCUCAACUUUUCAUUUUUUCCGUAGUACUUUUGUCUGAAACAUAUUCGAGAGUGUGAUCCUCGUAAUAUAUGAAAAAACUUAGAAAAUGUUGAGCAUAUCCGUGCGAGGCACUUAUUAAUAUCCGACAUUCACAUGGUAGCAGCCAAAUCUGUCCUGCUUGUUGAUACAGCUACAGCAAACUGCAAGGUGAAGGAACAUAUUGAAGUCUGAAUCCUUUGCUGAGUUUUCAAAUACUGAGUUCAUAUGAUACUUUGCACCAUUUUGUAGAUCAAAUUAUCCUUUCUUUUAUAUAAGAAUUAUGCAUCAAUUGAAAGGAACAAAUGGUUUUUAGAGAUUGAUAGAUGCCCUCUUGUCUUUUUGACUGAUUUAUUUUUAGCAGAUAAGUAAUAUUUUUAAGGUUAAA